UGAGAGACCAGAGAGACUGAUAUACGUCUACACCGUGAUGUAUUCGGCAGUGUCGAGUUCCGUUAACAAUAUUUAGUAUUGCAUAUAUCGUUGUAAAUUACUCGUUUAAAUCAAAUUCCGAUGAGAAAAAUGAGAAAAAUCAUGCAAUCAAAAUAACCUUGCAUUUUAUAUCAAGUAUUGUUGUCCAAAUAGACAUAGGGAGAAAUGAAUCUACGAGACUUGAGUUUACUUUUAUGCUGACUUAUGUGUGGACUUGUAAAUGCAAAAAUGAAUACAGAGGAAGUAAUAGAAGAAUUGAUACAAAUCGGCAUCAAAAUGCGCUCGCAUUUGAAUGAAUGUGCUGAACAAAGAGAUAAAGAAGCAUUGAUUAUAAAACACAUUAAGCGGUUUGAAAAUGUCGGAGCAAAAGUUCAUGAUUUUCAGAAAGGCUUAGAAUGGUUUAACGUGUCGGAAGGUUUAUCACUGACGCAGCAUCUAAAAGGAAAAAUAGUGCUUUUGGAUUUUUUUACUUAUUGCUGUAUCAAUUGCAUGCAUGUUUUAGCCGAAUUGGAAGAAGUCGAGAAAAAGAUUUCGAUAGAGGAUGGUCUUGUUGUGGUCGGAAUUCAUAGCGCAAAGUUUACCAAUGAACGUAGCUCGAAGAAUGUCUUAUCUGCUGUGCAGAGAUACAACAUCCUGCAUCCUGUGGUAAAUGAUGUAUCGCUUAGAAUGUGGCAUGAUAUGGGAAUUACAUGCUGGCCUAGUCUCGUCAUGUUAGGACCGAGUGGUCAGCCGUUGUUUGUUCUCGUGGGCGAAGGUCACAGAGAUGAAAUACUUUUAUAUGCAAAAGUGGCAAUAGCGCACUUUAAGUCCCUAAAUCAGAUGUCGAAUCACAGUCUUCCACUAAAGCCGGCGCAUCACCUUUUACCAUCUUCGAAGGAUGGCUUGUUGUUUCCCGGCAAAGUAGCAAUUCUUUUGUCUGAGCAAAGGACGAAGCUUGUCAUAUCGGAUAGUGGCAACAAUAGAAUUUUAAUCACCAGCGAACACGGCGAAGUGGAGGAUGUUGUAGGUGGGUACAACCAGGGUUUCAAAGAUGGUGACUUCAAAACUGCCCGAUUCAAUUCGCCUCAAGGUGUCUGCGUCCACAACAACGUAGUCUACGUAGCGGACAAUAAUAAUCACGCCAUCAGGAAAAUAGAUCUGACCGAAAAGAGUGUAUCUACCGUAGCCGGUACUGGAUCGCAAGGCUGCGAUCGUUCCGGUGGAAAACAUGCUACCGAGCAGGCUUUAUCGUCUCCCUGGGAUGUGGCAGUCUAUAAUUAUCAGCAUGAAGGUACCACCGUGCCAGUCUUGUUAAUCGCGAUAGCGGGUACUCAUCAGAUCUGGGCGUUAUUUUUGGAAGAUACGAUUUGGUGGAAGGAGAAAAAGUACACAGCGGGCACGUGCGUUGCAAUUGUCGGAAGCGGCCGAGAGGAGAACCGUAACAACAAUUACCCUCACGCCGCUGGACUAGCACAGCCUUCUGGCCUUGUGGUCGUUCCGGAAUACAAAAUUGCAUUUUGGGCAGACAGCGAGAGCAGUGCUGUUAGACGGUUGCACUUGGACAACGGUCGAGUGUCCGCCGUUUGCGGGGGGGAUAAAAAUCCAAUGAACUUACACGCUUUCGGCGACGUAGAUGGGAAAGAGUAUUCGGCGAAGCUUCAGCAUCCACUGGGCGUAGCGUGGGAUCAUCGGGAGAAACGGAUUUACGUAGCGGACACUUAUAAUCAUAAGAUUAAGACUGUAGAUACUCUGACGGGAUACUGUAAGACGUUAUUCGGUGACGGAAAACCCGAUCGUACUGUUUCGUUUAAUGAACCGAGCGGUCUUGCCGUAAGCCCGGAUGGCAAUAUUUUGUACGUAGCGGAUACCAAUAAUCACGCCCUCAAGAUUAUUGAUUUGAAAAGUGAACAGAUCUCAACUCUAACUAUCUCAUCGAGACGCGAGUCAAAUAGAAACAUCGACGGCGCGUUCACUUUUGAUACAGCAGUUAAUACGCGCGGUGGAGAGCUAAGUGUAUCGUUCAAUGUCGCUUUUUCGAACGAUCUGAAAUUGAAUGAAGACGCUCCGCAAGAGUGGCACGUGUCCUUACCCGUAAAUACGUGGGCAGCGAGCUCGUUGAGAGGUAGACUGUCGACGCCCGUGUCGAUAAAGCUUUCCGAAGGUGAGGAGCCCAGUCAGUUGUACAUUACAUUAAAUAUAAUGGCUUGCACGAAGGAUACGUGUGUACCAUUAAAAUUAUCCGUGAUAUUUAACGUCCAUCGACAACCUGACGCACCAGCAGUCGUGGUUGAAGAGAAGACACUUGUUGUUGAGAAGCAAUUGUAAAUUUUAUUCACCAUGUUGUUCAUAUUAUAUUCACUUGCUUUUAGUUUUAUGGUUCUUUUCGAUUUCCCUUAAUGCAGUUGCAUUUUAUUCGUUAUACUAGCAGGCGGCUGCCUGGCAAAACUCGUUAUUCUUAAAGAAAUGUAAUUAAAACAAUAAAGGAGUUGACUA